GACAUCUUAGGCGGGCUCUGGAGGGCCUUUGGAGUACGUGGAGGCAGCAGCUGGAAGUGACCCAGUCUCAAAUGUUGCAAUUCACACUUGAGAAUUCAGCCUUCCCCUGUCAAACUGUGUGGGAAGCCUUAAUGUUCCAGGCAAUCCGUCAGCUUCAUUGAACAUGGAGAGGCCUGAGUCAUUUCUUUUCUGAGUACUUCACAGAGUAAAACGCUUUUUUGUUUGUGUGCUCAGCACUUCCAUUGAACAGAUUCUCUGGCAGGCGCUGGGUUAGAGUGAGGAAUGGAGGUGGUUAGAUACAAUCUUUGACCUCUAACAGCCCACAUUCCAAGUGCAGAGAGGGUUCCUGAUGCUAUCCCUGGAACUGUGUAUCUCUUUAAUCACAGCUUGGUUUUGGAUCAGUCAGUAGAGACCUAAGUUUUGCCAGGAAUUGAAUCCCUAAAUUACACUUCAUUUUCUCAGUUCGUGGGUAUACAUAGUAGACAGUACUUUUGAAUUACAUUUGCAUAGUCUAAUUCCAGGGCUCAUUUUUGCUGUGGCCCACCCCCAACUUAACUUGUUCCAUUUAGCCUGUCAGAUUGUAUGAUGUUGAUGUGCGGUGGUAUGAGAAACUCAGCAUAGAUAUUUGAGCAGUGGCUCCUUGUUCCUAGCCUCUCUCCUGAAAUACUUCUUCCUACAGUAGUAGGGGGGUUAUGUAAGAACGGAAAACUUGAUCUCUGUAUAGAAUCAGGAGUUGCCACCCUUUUUUUGUUUUUAAUUAUGUAGACAGCAGUUUAUUGUCCAACCCAGGGGAGGAAGACACCACAUGUCACUCAGGGAUACUGCAUGCCAUCCAUGCUAGACAACAUGGGGGUUGCAUUCAGAAACCCAGUAAACAACUAGGGGCUUUGGGAGGCAGGCUUUGUAAUAUCAAGAGGGUGGAACUCCUCCUGUUCUUGUGGGAAGUUGUGAUUGGCUUGUUUGAAUAAACCCACAGACUGGCAAGGAGCUGAAACCUCCCCAGAGGUGGGCAGGAACUGUGCCUGGUCCUUUGAUACAGAGGAUUGUUUAGCUAGGGAACCUCAUUCAUGAGAACAGGGUGGGGAGGGAAGCUUGGCGAUUAGGCCACUUGAAGCCCUUCUGAUUUUAUAGCAUGAGAUACUGGACCUUAAUUUUAGACCUUAUACUGUAACUGGGAAUGUGUGGUCAUCCGAUUAUUGCUCCACUGGAGAGCUACCAGUAGGCCAGGCAAGGGUGAAUUUCACAUUGGAUCAUCUUCUUGUGCUUCCAGUGUAUUACAAGAUUCUCUUCCAUUCCCGGGGAAAAUGAUACAAACUCAGUGGAAUUGUCAGAGAAAUAUGGGUGUGUAUUGGAAAAUGUUAUCUGAUAGAUGACAGCAAAUCAUGAGCUAAUAUUCUGAGCAUCGUGCUAAGCACAGUGAGAAAUUCUCAAGGCUCGCUCAGCUGAACUUGACAUUCUAGUAGGGGAGAGGAGGCUUAUACAUGUGAAAUAAUCAGCCGAAUGUGUUUAUAGUAGAAAGAGAAUUAGAAUCAGGCAACACGUCUGAUCUGGUUGGGCCAAAUAACAGCUGAGUGAAUUUGGGCAAGCCAUUAAAACUUCUGAGCCUUGGCUCCCACAGCUGUAGAAAGUGAAAGGAGAGAUGUAAUAUAUGCUGCACAGAAGUCCCUAAGUAUGUAUCCCAGCCUGACUUAAAACAACAUCUUAGUUCCUCAGAAUCCCAGCAUUCAUCAACAAGUCAGUGACCCUGUAUCUCUUGGGAGUACAAACUGCAUUUGUAUGUUUGUUUUAUUUUUUUCCCCAAAUUUUCCUAAUCAUGAAAAUCAUCCCUUAGGCCACUCAAUAAAAAAUAUAGAUUCCUAGGAGUCUCCCCCUUAAGUCUGGAAUGGAAUUUGUAAAUAAGUCUAGACAUGAACUCACAGGCCUGAGUUCAGUCAAGUCUCUGCCUCUGAUUAGAUCCACGAUUUUGGUCAGGCCAGUUGGCUUCUUGUGCAUAAUAUGGAGAUAAACAGGGUUGAUGUCACAAUAAAAUGAGAGCAUAUACCUAAAACACCCAGCAGUCAGCCCAGCAUGUUGUAGGUUCUUAUUGAUCCAAACCCCAGCCCUUAAUACGUGGGGCUUGGAUCAGCACAGUGAAGUCUUCCAUUUUCCUUUAGGAGUCACCAUGGAUGCGGAUCUCCUUCCCUUCCCACCCCUCACACAUCACAGUGAUGUUCUCUUUUCCCCUUACAUUGCUUUACUUUUGAUGUAUCUGUUGACUUUGUCAUGUUCUCCGUUGUGGCCAAAUGGGUGCUGGAUGAGAUACGAGUUUUGAAGGAUAUACAGACAGCAUUUCAGCUCCAUUACUGAGGGGCCUUCUCUGGACUUGAUUUCUCUGAAUUCUCACAGCUGGAAAGGUUUUCUUUUCUCCAGUUUUAUUGAGAUAUAAUUGACAUACAUCAUUGUAUCUAUUUAAGGUAUACGUCAUAAUGGUUUGACAUAUAUAGUUUAAUUAAAUCCAUCAUCUCUUAAAUACAAUAAAAAGAAAAAGCAAAAAAAGAAAGAAAAACUUUUCUUGUGAAGAGAACUCUUAGGAUAUACUCUUACCAACUUUCAUAUGUAUCAUGCAGCAGUGUUAGCUCUAGUCAUCACGUACAUUACGUUCCUAGUACUUAUUUAUCUUACGACUAGUUUAUAUCUUGACCACUGCUCUGAUGUCCUGUCCUCCCAUUCUGCCCCCCACCCCUUCCCUCACAAAUCUGAUCUCUUUUUCUGUGAGUUUCUUUUUUUUGGUUUUGUUUUUUUAGAUUCUGUAUAUAAGUGACGUUAUACAAUAAUUUGUCUUCUUCUGUCUGGCUUCUUUCACUUAGCAUAAUGCUCUCAAGAUUUAUCCAGUCCUGCAAAUGGCAGGAUUUCCUUCUUUAUGGGUGAAUAAUAUGACACACACACACACACACACACACACACACACACACCCACCACAUUUUCUUUAUCCAUUCAUCUGUUGAUGAACACUUAGGUUGUUUCCAUAACUUAGCUAUUGUAAAUAAGGCUGCUAUGAACAUGGGGUACAGACGUUUCUUUGAGUUAGUGUUUUCGUUUCCUUUGGCUACAUUCUCAGAAGUGGAAUUGCUCUGUCAUAAGGUAGUUCUGUUUUUAAGUUUUUGAGGGUUGUCUGUAUUCUUUUCUGUAGUGGCUGUACCAGUUUACAAUCCCACCAACACUGCACAAGGGUUCCCUUUUCCCCACAUCCUCACCAGCAUUUAUCUCUCGUUUUCUUGAUGAUGCCCAUUCUAACAGGAGUGAGGUGAUUUAGCUCACUGUGGUUUGAUUUGCAUUUCCCUAAUGACUAGUUUUGUUGAGCAUCUUUUCAUGUACCUGUUGGCCAUUUGUAUAUCUUCUUUGGAAAAGUGCCUGUUCAGGUCCUUUGCCCCAUUUUUUAAUUGGAUUUUUUGUGUUUUGCUGUUGAGUUGUCUGAGUUCUUUAUAUUUUUGGAUAUUAACCCUUUAUCAGAUAUAUGGUUUGCAAAUAAUUUUUUCCAUUCCAUAGGUUGUCUUUUUUACUUUGUUUCUUUUGCUGUGUGACUUUAGUCUAAUGUAGUCCCACUUGUUUAUUUUUUAUUUUAUUGCUUGUGUUUUGUGUUUUAGGUGUAUCCAGGAAUUGUCACCAUUGAGCUUUCUCUGCAUAUCAGUGGGUUUGCUUGUUCUCUGCAAAACAGGGCUCUGACAAGUGGAAUUUUAGGAGCACAGGCACAAGGAAUUAGGCUUGAAUAUGUUGAGACCAGUUUUGUCUAGUUCGUAGUUGUUGCUGUAGGACCUACAGAAAGCGUUUAGUAAAAUUUAGUGAUUGAAUACGCUAAAUUACAAAUCCCAUCUGUGUAAGUGUUAAGGGGACCACAUCAACUCCUUUGGUUUAGUUGUGCAACCAGGUAAAUGGAGAACUCUGUCCUGUUUUGCAAAACACAUUAGAGGAUGCCAUAGAACUGAGAAGGAAGGCCACCCCACCAAGGCAUUUGCUCUUGGUUAUUAGGAUUGCUCCCAUUCUGCUGCUGUUAAAUCUCUGCAAUUUGGGUCUAAAAAAGGACUGAAAAGUUUUUAGCUGCCUCAACUUUUCCCUGACCUCAGGAGUGGAGGUUCCACAGAUGUUGUUUCAUUUGGAAGAUCUUUUGCUAUGAAUAGCAUUCCUUUGGGGGAGGGGGGUUCAAGUUGGACUGUGGAUGGAAUGUUGGCUUUUGUUUUUUUUAAUGCUAGCAAGACAGCUGCUGGGGCUGGGAAAGACUCUUGGGGUUCACUUACCUCAUGGGGAGAGCUCUGGUCUCCAGAAUCCGUGCUGCUCCCAUGACUGCAGCCUCUCUUGAGGUUAUUAGUGGGAAGCCAGAAAUGUUGGGAGAAUUCUUCAAAUGCAUCAAUGUGGCUUUGUUUUUUUUUUUUUAAUUCCUAAAUUCUGUUUCUAUUCAAAAUAGAAAUGACAUGUGUUUGUGUGAAUCAUCCACUUGCUCAUUUGCAUAUGGAAUAUUGUAUGUGAAUAUUUUUAAGUUUAUUGCACCCUUAAAAUAUAUUCAAGGGCUGUAUCCAGAGCUCUGGUGCUGAAGUCAACCCUUGUCCAAAAAAAUAACAAUGUAGGGAUACAGAUGACUGGGGUACAUGGGUGACGCUGUCUGGGGUAUAUGGGUAGGGAAGAAACACCUCUGUGGUCAGUGGCUGAUUUAUAUUUGGGGAUCUGAUAACCCACUGUGUGGGCCUUGUAUGAAGUUUGAGUGAACUGAAAUCAGUAGAUACGGACUACACGGCACUCAAGAGAAUCCCCUUCACCACUCUGCAUUAGCGUCACCAAGAGCUUUUCUGUAGAAGCUUUGAAAGUCAACAUCAAGAGAUACGCCUAAUACACUAGAAGAUGGUGCUACAUUCAUUUAUUCCACCAAUAUUUACUGAGCACCUACUGUGUGUUACCUCCCUGAAUAUCUGCUCUACCCCCAGGAGUUUUUAUAACUUAGCAUGCUGUUUCUGUCCCUCUGAGUCUGGUGGUGAGGUUGAGUCUGCCAAAGAGCCUGGUGACAAAUUUCACAGGAGCCUAAGGCCAAUGUCUCUAGUUUUCUCAGAUAAAACAGGCACAGCCUUGGGAUUUCUGGGGAAAAUCAGAAGGUCCCAAGUAUGAAAAAUGAGGAGGUGGAGAGUAGACAGCCAAAGAUUUUAGGUCAGGAAGCUAGGAAAUCUGUUGCAGUGGCUUUUCUGUUCUGCCCCAUAUUACUCUGCUGGGGGUGUCUGGGCAUCUGUAUAUUUCACAAUCUGGUAAUAAUAAUCAGACCUGGAAAUCACUAGGUGGUUUCCAUGAGAAUGAGGGAACAUUGCUUCUUGUUUAAAAUGAAGCAAAAGAAAACACCAAGUUUGGAGGGGACACAAGGAUGGGAGACUCAACUGGACGUAGCUAAAGGCCCCUGUCAGCACCAGCUCACCCUCUAAAUCCAGCAGCUCUGUCAGCACCCAGUCAGGCUUGGCUGUAAUCCCAGAGGCAAACCCACCCCAGUUCCCCGCCUCUGUCUUUUAGAGUCUGGUCCUCAGAUUUUUAUCCCACAGGCCCACCCAGCAGAAUUUACCCUUUUCUAACUGCAAGCAAAAUCUCAGGGAAUGAGAGUUGCUUUUGAUUAGGCCAUUUCUGGAGAGUUUUUACAAGUUAAUAAUUUGGGGUCAUGAGUAAAUGUGUAUAAGCUAGUGUGACAUGUGAUGGUGAAAAGUAUGAGCAUUUACUGUGAGUCAUUAGGGGGUCUACUGCUGUUAACAGGGCACACUGAGGAAUCUCUUGCCUUUAAGGAGCUGAUGCUGCAACUGGAGAAAGGUGACUUCACAUAAAGCAAUCAGAAACAAGAUCCCAUCUGCCAAAUGCCAAGUAGGAGUGAAGUCCAUAGAACACCGGAUAUGAAGUCACAUGACCUGUGUUCACCAGUCUCUAAGCUUGGUCUCAGCUUCCUUUCUGUAAAAUGGGAGAAUAAGACCAACCUCUUGUUACUAGGGGUCAUAGUAACAGCAAAGUGCUUUCCACUGAGCUUCCAGGGUGUCUGAGGAGGUAUGGCCACAGAACUUGGAUCCAAAAGCGCUGGGAGAACUGCAGCCACUUCCAUCUUGAAUUGCAGCCCUAUAUGCGAUGCUUUGAAAGAAAGGGGCAUCAUUCUAAGCCAAGAGGUCCUGGAGAGGGCACAGUGGAGUUUGUUCAGACUUCUGUGAGACCCCAGUGAUAUGCUGUGGCUGUACCCCCAUCACCUCCACCCCACUUGCCCUCCCAUGGGCUGCUUGACUACUAUGAAUCAGCUUGGUAGGAAUACAGCAAGGCCUUGCUGACGGUGUGGCCAGUGUAGUCACAGCCUCGGGCACAGGGGUGGGAAAUUAGCCAUAGUACAUUCCAGUGUGGGCGUUAUUGUCCUGCUGGAAGUUCCAGUGUGGGCAUUAUUGUCCUGCUGGCCAAACCAGGAAUCUGGUUUUGUCAGUCCAACUGAGAAACCAUUUCUUGGGAAACUUUUCUUGAACAACUACUUUUGCCAGGCAUUGACAUUCAGAAUAAUAUAUGCUAACAUCUAGGCCAGCAUUUCCCAAACCAGGUGCUGUGGAAUCCUAGAUGUUAAUAAGGGACUCCUUAGUAAAGGAUUCUGUGCUUGCUUUCAGGGAAACAUGCAAACUAUCUUGGGUAGUUUGAUGCCUUGAGCAUAGCCCUUCCCCUGUCCCUUGCUCUCUACUUGUCCGCUGGUGGGGGAACUAAAGGAUUCCUUGAGGGAAUUGCCUGGCUGUCCAGUGGUUAGGACUCGGCGCUUUCACUGUCGUGGCCCGGGUUCAGUCCCUGGUCAGGGAACUAAGAUCCUGCAAGCCGCACAGUGCGGCUGAAAAAAAAAAAAAAAAAGGAUUCCUUGGGGAAUUGGCCCACCCCUAAAUAUUCCAAAUAUAGUCUAAGUACAUUAGGGCGCUUGUUAGAGAUGGAGCUCCCCCUUAAGUUCCCACAGAACUGUGCUAGCAGAACCAUUCUCGGCUCUCUGACGCAGGCAAAGUGAGAGUGACCCUUGUCCUUGGAGAUCGGGUUGAGCAAAGGACCUCUCUUUCAUGUCACCAGGAACUCCCACAAGUGCUGUGCCAGAUCACGUAUUACACCAGGACAGGCCAAGUCACGUAAGGAAGGAAGCCCUCUGGCUGUGUGAUCUUGGGUUAGAUACUUCAUCUCUCUGGGCUUAUGUCUCCAUCUGUAGACUGGGUAAUUGACUGGUCCUCGACACUGAUGAUAUUUAUCAAAGGCCUUUUCUCCAUCUAAUGUUUGUCCCCCUAUGUACACAUGCACUCCAGUCACUACCACAUCACCCAGUUUUAGUAAGUUUUGUAGAAGGGUUUUUGUCAGAAUAAACGUGUUCUGGAGAGGCGCUGGGGUAGCCCCUUAAAAUGACCUAGCCUGCCUGGGAGCCAAGACUUGGUUCUGCAGACUCCCACCAUUAACUUGCCACCGUUAACUUGCCAGGCGCACUUGGUCAGAAGAGUUCCGGUCUGAUCGUCUGGGUUUGUGGCCCCCUCCUACUCCACUCUCCAAGGCUGGCUGGGGCCACGUGGCCCUGCCCCGCCCUUGCUGGCUCCAGUUUCUGAGUCAGUUGCAGUGGCCUGCUUUCCCCGCCCUUCCCAUCAGUCGGGAAGCCUGGAUUGUGGGCUGGGGGAAGCCACAGCUUUUCCCACCUGGCACCCACUGCCCCCAGCUCCUAGGUACCUGUUCCAAGCCCUAGAAAACUUCAUCCUGGUAUGUGAACAGGAUAAAAAAAUUAGAAUGCUGACUUGCAGAUAUGCCCACUGUGAAGUGGGGGAGAAAACAAGUUAUAUGGAUCUGGUGAUUCCAUUUUAUUCAUACAAACAAGCAUACCUCCUCCCUAUGUAUAUAUGCGCUCAUGUGUUGGUGUGAGCAAGGAGAAAGGUGUGGAAGGACAGGUGUUGGCAACUGAUGUAAAGCCGGACACGUGAGGGACAUUCCUGAAUUGGUAAAGAAGGGACUGGCGCAGCCCGAGUCCUGGCAGUUGAUCGGCUAUGCUGUCCCUAAACCAGAAUUGAAAAGUCAGGAGGCAGAAUUAGGAGAAGUCCGAGACUCUGAGGACCUCCCAGCCAGAGCUGGGACAGUGAAUAGACGCUCAGGACACUGUGAUCAGAGCCAGAUUUCACACUGAGCAGCUGCAGACAGAGAAAUCAGAGAAAGCACAACCCAGCCUCAGAUUCCGAGGGGCCUGCUGGGGACUCUCUCCUCCUGCUUGGAAGGAAGACCCCGAGGCAGCCGUUUCAGGCCAGGUCUUGGCUGCCAUGGGACUCACAGCCACCGCCCCCCGGCUGCCCUCUGCACUGCCAGGCAGAUAAGGGUGAGCCCUGCCCAGGAGCACCUGCCGCCUCCUGCUGGGCCACUCCUCCGUGGCUAGUCCUUCCUCGACUUUGGGCCACCUUUGCUGACCCGAGGCCAUGUAGGCCCCACUCAGGCCUCUGUGGAUAGACACAUUGCUGGGGACACCACCUCUGCUCUCUGGGAGACCCAGCGCACCACCAUGCCCCGGGGAUUCGCCUGGCUGCGCUAUCUCGGGAUCCUCCUGGGCAUGGCCUUGGGGAACGAGGGUUUGGAGGUGUGGCCCUUAACCCGGAGCGAGGAGUGUGCCAUCACUGGCUUUCUGCGGGACAAGCUGCAGUACCGGAACCGCCUUCAGUACAUGAAACACUACUUCCCCAUCAACUACAGGGUCAGUGUCCCUUAUGAGGGGGUACUCCGAAUGGCCAACGUCACCAGGCUGCAGAGGGCCCGGGUGAGCCAACAGGAGCUGCGGUAUCUGUGGGUCUUGGUGAGUCUCAGUGCUACUGAGUGGGUGCAGGAGGUGCUGCUCGAGGGCCAUCCAUCCUGGAAGUACCUGGAGGAGGUACAUACGCUGCUGCUGGAUGUCAAACAAGGCCUCCCGGGUGUGGAGGUCAGCCCCCAGGUGGAAGCAGUGUUGUCCCUCCUGAGUGCCCCAGGAAGCCUGAAGCCGGUGCGGCCCAAAGCUCUGCUGGACAACUGCUUGCGGGUCAUGGAGCUGUUGUACUGCUCUUGCUGUAAACAAAGCUCUGUCCUGAACUGGCAGGACUGUGAGGUGCCAAGGCCUCAGCCUCACAGCCCGGAGCCCUCGUCACAGUGUGUGGCCGCCCAGCUGUACCCCCUGCGCCAGCAGCCCCCCGCCUCCCUGCCCCACUCCCCGGCAUCCACGGCUGGAGCCCCGGCUCAGUGAAGCUGCUGAGGGCACAGGGCGAAGGCCUCCUGCCCUGAGUGGCCUGCAUGGUAACUGGGUGGGGCAGCUGGAGGAGCUCCUGCAGGAGAUGGACUGGGCCUGAGGCUUCUCUGGGUGGUGGUGGGGAGCUCCUCUUGAGAGAAGAGACCCUAGAGGGGUAUUUCUCCUUUGAGGGGGACUCAGUGCCUGAGAAGGGUUCAGCUUCCCGCCUUCCAUACCUCCCAUGGUCUCACCUGGCGCGGUAGGCGCUGGGGGGCACCUGAAGGUCAAUGAAGACAGAGCCUACGGCCCCUCCUGGCACUGCCCGGGCUGCCCCCUUCCCUGAGGGCAGGGCUGACCGUCUCCUAAGCCCAAAGAGGUGAGAGCUGUACCAGGUGGGCAUGGUGGGGGAGGACACGACUCAGCAAGGCCAGGGAGAGGUCAGCAAAGCUGGGGAGAGGGCGUAGCCAAAUGCCACAUCUUGCCACAGUUCCCUUUAUUUUUUCUAUUAAACACCUGCUUUGUUUU